CUUCCAAGUGUGCGCCAUGGAUCCUAUAGAGAACAAUGACAUGUUUUACUUCCUGGAAGGGUUAUUUGGCAUCUUCAUUCCGUGUUUGCAUUGAGGAAGCGCCACCUGUUCACCUGUCAGCCAAGAUGUCACCUGCUGCCCUCAGGUGGAUCCUUGUCCUGCUGCUGACUGUACAGCUUGAUGCAGGUGAAGUUGAAGGUCCAUGUGAAGGGAGGGACUGCUCCGUGUGUAAAUGCCUUCCGGCCAAAGGUGCACGGGGGACACCAGGAAAACCAGGCAGGCGAGGAGCUCGGGGACCAUCUGGGCCGUUGGGUAGUGAAGGGCCCAUUGGAGAGAAAGGCAAACUGGGAACACAGGGGUCACCUGGCCCACAAGGACCCAAAGGAGACCAGGGGGACCUCGGUGCUCAAGGCUUUCCUGGUCAUGAUGGCUCAUUGGGUCAUCCUGGAGAAGCAGGUGAGCCUGGUUUGCCCGGAGUGGACGGCUGUGACGGGGCGAAGGGUCUACCUGGUGUCCCUGGUUCUCCUGGUUUGGAUGGUCUUCAUGGGUCCCCUGGACUACCUGGACCAAAGGGACUGAAGGGAGAGCUUGUUUAUGUCAAUUUGCUUCCUGGACUCCCUGGGGAUCCUGGUAGACCUGGAGAUCCUGGUCUGCCUGGACUGAUAGGAGUCACUGGACCAAAAGGCGACAUUGGUGCUGCAGGCCCACCUGGGCAAAAGGGCUCGGAAGGCCAUAAAGGUGAAAGAGGACAACCUGGUGACCUUGGACGAUCACUGCCAGGCAGUGACGGUGACGAGGGUGAACAAGGUCCACCUGGCCCACAAGGGCCUGAAGAAGUCAUCGUGCUUCCUCCGGAUUUCCUACCACUGGAAGGUCCCAAGGGUGACCCAGGUCCUCCUGGACCAUGUGGACCAAAGGGAGAAAAGGGCGGAGGAAGAGGAGAUACGUUCAAUCUCGGAAUGAAAGGAGAGGAAGGAAUACCUGGUUUUCCUGGACUUAGGGGUUUUCAGGGGUCUCCAGGUAGGAGCGGACCCCCGGGACCUGAGGGUUUACUGGGGGAGAGGGGGCUUCCGGGUCUCAUUGGAAUGCUUGGACCAAAGGGGUACCAAGGAGAUCCAGGUCUGCCUGGUCCUUUGCAGUAUGUGAAUGGGAGUCGCCUCAGAGGUCCACAAGGUGAAAAGGGUUAUCUGGGAACUCCUGGACAACCAGGUGACCCCGGAUUUAUGGGCUUGCCAGGACCUCCUGGCCCACCAGGAUUAACGCUCCCAGACCACUUGGGCCCCUUUGGCCCACAAGGACCCACAGGUCCCAAGGGCUUUAAGGGAGAACCAGGGAGGUAUCAACACCUCAUCAGUCCACUCCCUGGACCGAAGGGAAACAAAGGAAUCCGGGGAAUCAAAGGUGUCACUGGACUUCCUGGUCCUCCAGGGUGCGGAGAUGAUUUAUGCGAGCCUGGUGACACAGGUGACCCGGGUGAUGGCGGACCCAGAGGACCUCCUGGAAACAAAGGUCACAUAGGGUAUAAAGGUAGUCAAGGGGAAUGUGAAUGUCGGUUUGGCCAAGGACCAAUUGGUCCACCUGGUCUACCAGGUGAUCCAGGAACUCCGGGAUUUCCAGGAACUCCGGGCUUUAGGGGGGACCCAGGACUGGAUGGAGACAAAGGUCCCUACGGGCCAUAUGGGAUUGACGGAUUUGUUGGUCUUAAAGGACUAAAAGGCCAAAAGGGAGAUUCCUUUGUCACUGGUGUUGAAGGAGCAAAGGGAGACCGGGGAAACCCUGGAUGUUCUGGUCCUCCAGGAAAACCAGGCAUACCCGGACUAGAUGGUCCCCCUGGUCUGAUAGGAGACCCUGGGCCACCAGGUGCUGGAUACAAGGGCUUACCUGGUCCCAAAGGAGACCCGGGUAGAUUUGGUCCUAAAGGGCUUGCAGGACAAGUUGGGCUCCCAGGUCCUGGUUUUCAAGGUCCCCAGGGUCCACCUGGGCUGACAGGAGACCAGGGGUAUCCAGGUCCCCAAGGAAUUCCAGGGCGAAAGGGCCCCCCAGGUGAGCAUGAGCUAUGUUGUCUUAAGAAUGUGACUGGACCGCCUGGUCCUAAUGGAGAGCCAGGUUUACCAGGGAUUCCAGGUGAGCCAGGAAGGAAAGGAAUCCCUGGAGUUUUGGGACUUCCAGGCCCUAAAGGCAUUCGUGGAGAUGAUGGUGGAAUUGGAGGGAUUGGACCUCCAGGACACCAAGGUUUAAAUGGAGAUCCAGGUGACCGUGGCCCUCGUGGAGGUAGCACUGAUGGCCUGCAAGGCCCUUCUGGAACGCCAGGGCCACCAGGGAGGAAAGGUUUCCCAGGAGAUGUGCUUAAUGCAUUGCCAGGCCUCCCUGGCACCCCUGGAAUCCCUGGAUUCAUGGGAAGAAAGGGAAUUUCCGGCAGUCCAGGGAGCCCAGGAUCCCCAGGUGUACAAGGCCAACCAGGACAGCCUGGUCGAAAAGGAGAACAAGGGAUCACUGGUGACCGUGGAGCCACCGGUCUUCAAGGCCUACCCUGUCUUUUAUGUGAGUUAAUCGGACCUCCCGGACCACAAGGGCUUCCAGGAAACCCUGGACCAAGAGGUUUGCAAGGCUUUAAUGGUCAGAAGGGCUCAAGGGGAGAUAGAGGCGUACCUGGUUAUGGUCAUGUGGGUGCACCGGGUCUGCCUGGUCUUCCAGGUGUUCCAGGGCCACUAGGACCAAGGGGACCCGCUGGGCAUCUGGGAGAUCCUGGGUCUGAUGGCUGGUCUGGACAGAAAGGUGAACUGGGGCUCCCUGGUAGGACAGGGGUCAGAGGUUUACCAGGACCCCCUGGACAUUCAGGACCCAGAGGAAAUCCGGGGGAAAGAGGCUUUAAUGGACGACAAGGUGCCCCGGGAGAAACGGGAUCUCCCGGUAUUAAAGGAAUGCGUGGUGAACGGGGAUUAUGUGGACCAAAAAGACUGAUAACGAAGGGACCACCAGGCGUUCCAGGCACAAGAGGACAACAAGGCCUACCAGGACCCAUAGGCGGAAAGGGCCAAAGAGGAUGGCCAGGUGAUCCCGGACCAGAAGGUUUUCCAGGUCCAAAAGGAUUUAAAGGUGAUGCUGGUGUUCCAGGCAGACAAGGAAUAUGUGGAGAUCCAGGGACCCCUGGAUUGAAAGGUUUUCCUGGGCCAAGGGGAUAUCUUGGCUUGGAUGGAAAUACGGGAGAUCCAGGACCAAUUGGCUUCCCAGGAACUGCUGGGGUUCCAGGACUUCCAGGUACCAAAGGUGAGCCAGGAGAAUCUUUUGGACAACCUGGACCACCAGGACCUAAAGGACUCCCAGGCGAGAAGGGAUUCAGUGCAGCGGUCGGUCCUCCAGGGGAUCCAGGAGAUUCAGGUCCAAGAGGGUUUGCAGGGAAGCCUGGACAACGAGGCAUUCCCGGAGAACCAGGACGGAGUGGUGGACCAGGUUACCCUGGGCCUCGUGGCCCUCCGGGUCAUCCAGGUGCUCCAGGUGUUCAAGGGGAUACUGGGUAUAGCGGUCCUCCAGGUCCUCCAGGUUCGAGUAGACAAGGACUCCCUGGACCUCCGGGUCUUCCUGGUCUUGAUGGUCUAGGAGGACCAAAGGGCAUGAAAGGAGCAAAAGGCUUAGGUAUCACAGGCCGUCCAGGACCACAAGGCUUUCCUGGAGUCAAAGGGUCCAUUGGACUGCCAGGACCUCAUGGACACUCUUUUCCUGGGCCUAAAGGCUAUAUAGGUCCAUCAGGUGAUGAAGGUUUAAACGGUUCUCCUGGUCAACCUGGAUACCCCGGGAAAGAUUGUGACAAGCCUUUGCCGGGACCCUAUGGGGAGCCAGGAUAUGAAGGGGCUCCCGGACCCCCAGGUCCUCCUGGGCCGCCAGGGGAACCAGGAAUAGUUAUUUCGUACAAAGGAAAUCCGGGGCAAAGUGGCCUUCCCGGGACUCCAGGGCGAAAGGGAAAUAAGGGCUUUCCAGGACCUCCAGGACCUUGUUGUGAAGGACUUGAUGGACCGAAAGGAGAGAGAGGCCUCCCUGGUUUAAGAGGUUCUCUGGGAAUUAAAGGACAGAGAGGUGUCCCUGGUCCCCCGGGGAGGAAAGGAGUUACAGGCCCACCUGGAGAGAUUGGUCUUAAAGGCGACAUGGGUGAUUCUAUUUCUGAACGCCCAAUAACAGCUCCUGACGGGCCCCCAGGCCCACCAGGUUCCCCAGGACCUUAUGGAUUCCCGGGUGCUACGGGCCCACCAGGGCCUCCGGGGAAAAAAGGUGCAAAAGGUCCCAUUGGGUCUCAGGGCCUCCCUGGGCCCCCAGGCCCUGCUGGACUCCAUGGUCCAGUUGGGGAUCAAGGAGAUCAUGGUCAGCAAGGAUUUGUUGGUCCUCAAGGCAGCCCGGGUCCAAUCGGGGAUCGAGGUGACCCAGGUUACAUUGGAACAACAUGGUCAGGCUUCCUAUUGGUUCUUCACAGUCAGUCGGUCCAGGUACCGCAGUGUCCCGAGGGCAGCAGUCAGCUUUGGGUGGGCUACAGUCUGGUCUACUUGGAGGGCCAAGAGAAGGCUCAUACACAGGACCUUGGUCAGGCUGGCUCCUGCUUGCCUGCCUUUUCCACCAUGCCUUUCUCCUACUGCAACAAAGCUGCAUGCCACUAUGCCGCCCGUAAUGACAAAUCCUACUGGCUCUCCACCACGGCCGCCAUUCCUAUGAUGCCACUCUUUGGCCAGGAGAUCAGUUCCCACAUCAGCCGCUGUGUGGUAUGUGAGACUCGUUUACCUGCAGUGGCUUUUCACAGCCAGGAUCAGCUGGUGCCCACUUGCCCAUCUGGAUGGAGGAGUUUAUGGAAGGGAUACUCCUUCCUUCUACACACAGGGGCAGGUGACGAGGGUGGCGGUCAGUCUCUGGCGUCCACUGGGAGCUGCCUUAAGGACUUCCGAGCUCAUCCGAUCAUCGAGUGCCAAGGCGCACAAGGCUCCUGUCACUACUUUGCCAACCUCUACAGUUUCUGGCUGACAGUUGUGCAUCCCACGGAUCAGUUUGUGUCCCCGAGGCCUGGUACCAUCAAAGCUGCUGAGAAGCAGCGACGCACAGCCAGUCAGUGUCACGUCUGCCUCAGACAGUAGAGCAACACAAGUCAUUUUGAGGAACUUUAUGAACUUUAUUAACUGAAUCACCAUUGAUUGAUGGACGUCUGGUGCUUACUUUGAUGCUGUUCUUUGUUUAACCUGUCCCAAAUUAAAUUGUACCUCCUGCCAUCCAGA